AUGACUAUUUUUGCGGUAUUGCUAACUUCGGCAUUCACCUGGCGAGAAUUCGAGUUCGAGUGGGUUGAGGCGUCACCACCGAAGUUGGACGAUGUGGAGAUGGGUAGAGUUGAAAGUGGUGUCGUGCGUGAUGAUACUUCUGCUGGGGAUUCCACUGACGGGGAAGAGAGUCCUCGAGGUGGUCAGCGAGCCGACAGUGAGCAACCUCAACAGCACGCACAUGCAACUCAUGGUGAGUAG